AUGGUCAAUAAGUUCUUAAUCAAUCUGGUUGUCGAGUAUGGAGCUAGAAUUGGAAAAUCUGUGUUUAAGGCAUAUCAGCAAGCAGUCAACAGUCCUGGAGCUCAGUAAUCUGGCUUUGGCAAGGUAGCCCAAGAGACUUUCGGAAGAUUUGUAGUAAAGCCAAUGACUAGAAGCGAGGCAUUUUAGAUUUUAUCAAUAGAGGAGACAACUGAGGUAGACCCUACUAAAAUAAUGGAGAGAUUUGAAACAUUAUUUGUUAAGAACAUGCCAGACAGAGGUGGUUCAUUCUAUCUUCAAUCUAAAAUAUACUUUGCAAAGGAACACAUUAUGCAGGACUUCCCAGCUGAAAUGAAUGCGUCUAAGUUUAACCCAGAUGAAAGUGAAGCAGCUCAAGAAACUGAAAGCAAUAAAGAUGAUGCCAAGAAAAACUGA